AUGAAACUAGCUUACUGGGACAUUCGUGGGCUGGCCCAACCCAUCCGCCUCUUGCUGGAGUACACCGGGACGCAAUAUGAGGACAAAUUCUAUUCAUGCGGUGAAGCUCCCGACUAUGACAAGUCCUGCUGGCUCGAUGAGAAGGAUAAACUUGGAAUGGACUUUCCCAAUCUACCCUACUUGGUUGACGGCAAGAGGAAGAUCGUGCAGAGCAACGCCAUCAUGAGAUACAUUGCCCGGAAGCACAAUUUGUGUGGAGAGAAUGAGGAAGAGAAGGUUCGCGUAGACAUCAUAGAGAACCAGGCCAUGGAUUUUAGGAACGGCUUUGUGAGAAUGUGUUAUCUCGACUUUGAAAACAUAAAGCCAGGUUACCUGAAAGCGCUGCCGGAUGUACUUCAGCAGUUCUCCAAAUUCUUGGGGGACCGGAAGUGGUUCGCUGGUGAUAAGAUUACUUUUGUGGACUUCAUCAUGUACGAGCUGUUGGACCAACACCGAAUGUUUCAUCCAUCCUGCCUGGAUGAUUUCAAGAACCUCAAAGACCUUUUGGAUAGGUUUGAGGCACAAGAGAAGAUUGCGGCCUACAUGAAAUCUAACAGAUUCAUGAAAACACCCGUCAACAACAAGAUGGCCAAAUGGGGCAACAAGAAAGAGUAA